GCCCGCGGAUUCGCGCGGGGAACGCCCGGGCGCAGCUGAGCCGGGGGCCGCGACUGGGCGGCCGACUGGCCCGGCCCGGCCUGGGGCGGAGGGAGUCGUCGCUCUACAGACGCGGAUGAGCGAGGCGCUGCGGCCUGAGUGAGAAUGAAAAGAGCAUGACUUUUGGAGGCAGAAGACUUAGUUUCAAGUCCCUGUUUCUUCACUUCCUAAUUUUGUGAUUUGAAAUUAAUGCAAGAUGUUGACAUUGCAAACUUGGAUAGUGCACGCAUUAUUUAUUUUCUUCACCACUGAAUCUGUAGGUGAACUUCUAGAGCCAUGUGGUUAUAUCAAACCGGAAUCUCCAGUUGUACAGCUUGGUUCUAAUUUCACUGCGGUCUGUGUGCUAAAAGAAAAAUGUAUGGAUUAUUUCCAUGUAAAUGCUAGUUACAUUUUCUGGAAAACAAACCAUCUAACUGUUCCUAAAGAACAAUAUGCCACCAUAAACAAAACAGCAUCUAGUGUCACAUUUACAGAUACAUCUUCAUUAAAUACUCAGCUGACUUGCAACAUUCGUACAUUUGGACAAAUUGAUCAGAAUGUUUAUGGAAUCAGAAUAAUUUCAGGCUUGCCUCCAGAAAAACCUAAAAAUUUGAGUUGCAUUGUGAAUGAAGGAAAGAAAAUGAUGUGUCAGUGGGAUCCUGGAAGGGAAACAUACCUGGAAACGAACUUCACUUUAAAAUCCGAAUGGGCAACAGAGAAGUUUGCUGAUUGUAAAACAAAACGUGACACCCCUACCUCAUGCACUGUUGAUUAUUCUCCUGUGUAUUUUGUCAACACUGAAGUCUGGGUAGAAGCAGAGAAUGCCCUUGGGAGAGUUACAUCAGAUCAUAUAAAUUUUGAUCCUGUAGAUAAAGUGAAGCCCAAUCCGCCACAUAAUUUAUCCGUAAGCAACUCAGAGGAACUGUCCAGUAUCUUAAAAUUGACGUGGAUCAACUCAAGUAUCCAGGAUUUUAUAAGACUGAAAUAUAACAUUCAAUAUAGGACCAGAGAUGCCUCAGUUUGGAGCCAGAUUCCCCCUGAAGAUACAGCAUCCACUCGAUCUUCCUUCACUGUCCAGGACCUUAAACCUUUUACAGAAUAUGUAUUCAGGAUUCGUUGUAUGAAGGAAGAUGGUAAAGGCUUCUGGAGUGACUGGAGUGAAGAAGCAAGUGGUAUCACAUAUGAAGAUAGACCAUCCAAGGCACCAAGUUUCUGGUAUAAGAUAGAGCCAUCCCAUACUCAUGGCUAUAGAUCUGUACAACUCAUAUGGAAGACAUUGCCUCCUUUUGAAGCCAAUGGAAAAAUUCUGGAUUAUGAAGUGACUCUCACAAGAUGGAAAUCACGUUUACAGAAUUACACAGUUAAUGAAACCAAAUGGACAGUAAACAUCACAAAUGAUCGUUACAUAGCAACUCUCACAGCGAGGAAUCUGGUUGGCAAAUCAGAUGCAGCUGUUUUAACUAUCCCUGCUUAUGACUUUAAAGCUACUCGCCCUGUAAGGGAUCUUAAAGCAUUUCCCAAAGAUAAUAUGCUUUGGGUGGAAUGGACUGCUCCGAAUGAAUCUGUAAACAAAUACAUCCUUGAGUGGUGUGUAUUAUCAGAUAAAUCGCCCUGUAUCCCAGACUGGCAACAGGAGGAUGGAUUAGUACACCGCACCUAUUUAAGAGGGAACCUAGCAGAGAGCAAAUGUUACUUGAUAACAGUUACUCCAGUAUUUGCUGAUGGACCAGGAAGCCCCGAGUCUAUAAAAGCAUACCUUAAACAAGCUCCACCUUCCAAAGGACCUACUGUUCGGACAAAAAAAGUGGGGAAAAAUGAAGCUGUCUUAGAGUGGGACCAACUUCCUGUUGAUGUUCAGAAUGGAUUUAUCCGAAAUUAUACUAUAUUUUAUAGAACCAUCAUUGGAAAUGAAACCGCUGUGAAUGUGGAUUCUUCUCACACAGAAUAUACAUUGUCCUCUUUGACCAGUGACACUUUGUACAUGGUACGAAUGGCAGCAUACACAGAUGAAGGUGGAAAGGAUGGCCCAGAAUUCACUUUUACUACACCAAAGUUUGCUCAAGGAGAAAUUGAAGCCAUAGUUGUGCCCGUUUGCUUAGCGUUCCUAUUGACAACCCUUUUGGGAGUACUGUUCUGCUUUAAUAAGCGAGACCUAAUUAAAAAGCAUAUCUGGCCUAAUGUUCCAGAUCCUUCAAAGAGUCAUAUUGCCCAGUGGUCACCUCAUACACCUCCUAGGCAUAAUUUUAAUUCCAAAGAUCAUAUGUAUUCAGAUGGCAAUUUCACUGAUGUAAGUGUUGUGGAAAUAGAAGCAGCAAAUGACAAAAAGCCUUUUCCAGAAGAUCUGAAAUCACUGGACCUGUUCAAGAAGGAAAAAAUUAGUACUGAAGGACACAGCAGUGGUAUUGGAGGGUCUUCAUGCAUGUCCUCCUCUAGGCCAAGCAUUGCUAGCAGCGAUGAAAAUGAGUCUGCACAAAACACUUCAGGCACCGUCCAGUAUUCCACAGUGGUGCACAGUGGCUACAGACACCAGGUUCCAUCGGUCCAAGUCUUCUCAAGAUCGGAGUCCACCCAGCCCUUGUUAGAUUCUGAGGAGCGGCCUGAAGAUCUACAGCUGGUAGAUAACACAGAGGGCAGUGCUGGCAGUUUUCCCAGGCAACAGUAUUUCAAACAAAACUGCAGUCAGCGUGACACUAGCCCAGAUAUUUCACAUUUUGAAAGAUCAAAGCAAGUUUCAUCAGUCAAUGAAGAAGAUUUUGUGAGACUCAAACAGCAGAUGUCAGAUAUUUCACAGCCCUUUGAAGCUGGGCAAAUGAAAAUGUUUCAAGAAAUUUCUGUAGCAGAUGCUUUUGGCCCACAUACUGAUGGACUGGUAGAGCGAUUUGAAACCGUGGGGAUGGAGGCUGCAAUUGAUGAAGGAAUGCCUAAAAGUUACCUACCACAGACUGUCCGACGAGGUGGCUACAUGCCUCAGUAAAGACUAGUCCUGUUACGACUUCAGUACCUGUAAACUAAAGCUGAUUUUAUCUGUUACUUCAGGUAAAAAUAAUCUUCACUCACUGAAGAUGAUCAUUUUCCCUUGAGGACAACAACAAACUGUCCUCCCCCCCGGGCAGUUUCCCUUCCAGAAUAUCUGGGAUUCUUCAAGCACUACAUAAACUGACUUCAUCCUCUGAAUAGCUGAAUGAUACUGUGCUGUUUCAGGAUGUUUGCACUGAAGAAAAACAAAGCUUGUCUCAGCUUUGCAAAUUAAAACUUUGUUUUGGUAGCUAGGAAACAGAGGGUAUUUAAAUAAUAAGCAGUGAUACACUUAGUACGGCUAUACUGAUUUUAGUGAGAAUAGGCACCAAAUAAAGUGGCUGAGAUAGAGUUAAGAUAAAAAAAUCAGAAGAGUGAGAUCUAGACUAUUCAAAUGACAGCAUAGAGCUGCAGGUGGCAUAAUUACAUGAACCAAGCUUUUU